CUUGUUUCUGAUCUCUCUCUAUCUCUCUAUCUCUAUCAGGUUAGCCACCUAAAACAAUAAACACUUGCCUUUUUGUUGCCAUCCGGCCCCCUCACCUUCACCUUUCACUUGCCUAUAAGAAGCCUCGUCUCAUUUCAGUGCUAGCAUCCCAGAGAGAAAUUAAGCAGCUGACAAAGUGAGAGCAAGAACGAGGACAGAGACAUAACGGGCGGGCACUGAGAGACAUGGGAGACAAAAUGCAAAACGGUAUCAUGUUCUCUCUUGGGCUUAACAAGGCAAAGCCAUACUUGGCAAUGUUGUGCCUCCAAGUUGGAUUUGCUGGGAUGUAUGUUAUCACAAUGGUUUCUUUGCAGAAGGGAAUGAACCAUUACAUUCUUGCUGUUUAUCGUCAUUUGGUUGCAACCAUUGUUAUUGCACCCUUCGCUCUAGUUCUUGAAAGGAAAAUCAGGCCUAAGCUGACUCUCCCCAUUUUCCUGAGAAUCCUGGUGCUUGGUUUCCUAGAGCCAGUGAUCGAUCAAAAUCUGUACUAUCUGGGAAUGAAAUACACGACAGCAACGCUUGCUUCUGCCACUGUCAAUGUGAUUCCUGCCCUUACCUUCGUGAUGGCAUUGAUUUUCAGGUUGGAGAGAGUAAACUUGAAGAAGGUGCACAGUAUAGCCAAGAUAAUUGGAACAGUAAUCAUGGUACCUGGAGCAGUUAUCAUGACUCUGUACAAAGGUCCUGCAAUCAAUUUUAUAAAUUUGCAAGGAGGAGGCCACUUCAGUGCCACCAACCAAGCUGAGGCUAAGCAUUGGGUUGCUGGGACACUAAUGCUCCUAGCCAGAUGCUGGGGCUGGUCAGGUUUUUACAUAUUGCAAUCGUUUACAUUGAAGAUGUACCCAGCAGAGCUCUCUCUUACAGCUUUGAUAUGCUUUAUUGGGACCAUAGGAGGUGCAGCAGUGUCAUUUGUGAUGGAAAGAGACAUGAAUGCCUGGAAAAUUGGCUGGGACUCAAGCUUGUUAGCUGCUGUAUAUUCUGGAGUGGUUUGUUCUGGAAUUGCCUAUUAUGCACAAGGAGUUGUGAUGAGGGAACAAGGCCCUGUUUUUGUUACAGCCUUCAGUCCCCUUUGCAUGAUCAUCACUGCGGCCCUAGGAUCAAUUAUUUUAGCAGAGAAAGUUCACCUUGGAAGCAUAAUUGGAACCGUUGUCAUAAUUUUUGGACUCUACACUGUCCUGUGGGGCAAAAGCAAAGAUCAGCAAAACUCAACAACAGAGAAAGGUAAAGUCCAAGAAUUGCCAAUUACAGAUGGUGCUAAAUCAAUCAACAUGGAAGAUAGCAUCGAGGGACCAGCUAGAAUUUUGAAGAUCCAAGCAGAGAGUCCUUUAACUCGAGAAACAUAAUAGAAUACUGUAAUUUUUGGAAAUUUGCAGCCGAGUUUUCUAAGCUAUAAGUGAUUUUAUAUCUUAUGCUUCUGCCUAAUCUAUCCUCUGUCUGAGAGUCUUUUGUUGAAGAAUAAACCAAUUGUCGGGCUUUAACCUCUCAAUAUUGAAGCUUUCAAGUCUCAGGGUUCUUCAUUGUAGUGUACUUAUUUUGACUGAGCGCUUCAGUUUUUGCUAUAAAUAUAAUUUUGCAAGGAUAUAGCCUA